CUGCUUUCUGGGUUCCUGCUGCAGACAUAGAGACUGAAGGUGCCGUGAAAGAAUUAAGCUGCACGAAAUGUUCCUUUCUGGCAUGUUCUACAGCGAGUGCUUUAUUUUGAAAAGAAACAGCCGGAAGUGUUGCUCACGGUGAGCUAGCUUGACUGUUGGAGGCGAUGCAGCGGAUCUAAGGCCGACAGAGAGGGAGCCGCUUUUUAAGGAAUGCCGUCCGCCGGAAUCAAUGCUAGGAGACAACUGGAUCAGAAAUAAUAUGGGGAAAAUUAAAAUGAUUCACCGAGCCUUGAGAAUGCGGAAAAGGCCGGCUCAGACACCAGCUUCCUCACCCCCUGUCACCGGACGUUGGUAGCCGCCUGCCCGGCUUGCUAGCCCGUAGUCCUUCAAAAUCUCCGCUGGAAAAUCACGGAGCUUCUCUGUUUUUUAAAAGCUCAGCGAAAGACAGCCGACCGAGUUAAUUCCCCUCGUUUGACCUAGCGCUCUAACGUGAGUAAAUCUGACCGCUGGAGUCAAGCUAGUAGCAUCCUCUGGAGUCGGAUGGACCUGCGGCUCUCGCAGCAUCACCGCCCGAGAAUCCUUCCAGCCCGCCCUGCCGCACCGGAGCGUUGAGUAAAUCCCCGAGAAGCGGCUUUAAGAUGACAGGAAACGUCCCGUCCUAUGCGCUUCUAGGCGCCGCGCACACAUUUCAUCAAUGCCGAAUAAUGUAAUGACCGUCCGGAGCGUACACCAUCAUGCGUAUGACUGGCCGUGUCCGCCUCCAUCCCUGCGGAUGACACUCGCACGGACAGCGGGGGUUCAGAACAAACAGCGCCGAGACGGACGCGCCGUUGCCGGGUAGCGCUUAGAGACUUGACGUGAGCUCUCACACACACACACAAAACAAAAACAAAAAAAUAGACACCAAUGAUAUCUCAUAAGGUUUUGGUCGCAAUAAUCCUGCUGAACGUGUACAUAGGGGUGCAGUCUGUGUUUUAUCUGUUCGGCGGCGUCCUUUUGACGGUUCUGUUCGCUAUGGCUUUUUUAAACGGACCGAGGCUGCUGGACUGGGCCAGCUCCCCGCCACAUCUCCAGUUCAAUAAAUACGUCCUGACUGGAUACCGGCCCAUCUCCUCCGUGCAGGACUGCAUCAGGAGCCUGUUUUACCUCCACAAUGAACUUGGGAACAUUUACACACACGGCAUCCCUUUGGUUUGCUUCCUGGUGCUGCUCCCGCUCAACAUCCCCUGGUCUCAGAUCAGCGUCACCUGGCUGGGCGUGGUGCACUUCCUGGCCUGCCUGUCGCCCCAGCUGGGCUCCGUGGUCUACCACCUGUUCAUGAACCACGAGGGCGGGGAGCCCGUCUACCACACCCUGCUGAAGCUGGACGUCUGUGGAAUCUGCAUGAUCAACACGCUGGGGGCGCUCCCUAUCGUCUACAUCACGCUGUGGUGCUACCCCUUCAUCCGCACCGUGUCGCUGCUCGUCUACAUCCUGCUGUCCACACACGCCAUCUAUUGCGCAGUCACGGCCCGCAGCAGCGUGCGCCGGCUGCGCUCCUUCGCCUGGCAGGCCGUGUUCCGCUUCUCCUUCUUCUUGCUGCGCGGCGUGGGCGUGGGUGGCGGCAGCCCCACCUCGCUACGCCACUUCCUCAUGAUGGACGCGUUGGCCGUGCUGGGCGGGGUCAUCAACAUCACACGCAUCCCGGAGCGCUUCCGGCCGGGCCUCUUCGACUACUGGUGCAACAGCCACCAGAUCAUGCACGUACUGGUGGUGGGCUCCAUCCUUUACCUGCACUGGGGCGUCCUGGACGACCUGCUGUGGAUCAACAGCUACAUCUGUCCCUCCGACUGACCCCAGCCCCCCGUCCUCUGGGACAGGAAGUGAAAGGACCUCUGAGGGGGGCUGAGCGUCUCUGCAUGUGUUAAACUCAGAAUGUUUAUAUCUUCAUCCAUCCUAGACAUUUCUGCGGAGGCAGAGAGAAGUAAGACGCACAGAAAUGUGGACAAAACCACACAAACACUUAAGACACAGAGAAGUGGAAACAUUUAAACAGUAAAAUGAACAUCAACACUACUGUG